AUGCCAGUGCUCGGCGUGGAGAUUGUGGUGUCUGGACAGACCAAGAAGAUGGUCAUUGACGCCCUCGGCCGGGUGCCCGACUUCCCCAAGCCUGGCAUCAACUUCAUCGAUAUCCUGCCCGUCUUCCAGAGCCCCACCACCUUCAGCGCUCUCCUUGACGUCCUCGAGCACAUGAUCAAGGAGCAGUUUGGCUCCGACGGCCCUGAUGUUCUGGUAGGCCUCGAGGCCCGCGGCUUCCUCUUUGGGCCCUCUCUGGCCCUGCGCCUUGGUGCCUCGUUUGUGCCCGUCCGCAAGCAGGGCAAAAUGCCCGGCAAGUGCCUGAGUGUCAGCUACACCAAGGAGUAUGGUGACGACGUCUUCGAGAUCCAGGAGGGUGCCGUCAAGCCCGGCCAGAAGGUUCUCAUUGUCGACGACAUCAUCGCGACCGGUGGCACUGCUAUCGCGGCUGCAGAGCUGGUCGAGAAGUCCCAGGGCAACCUCCUUGGCUUCCUUUUCAUGAUUGAGCUCAGCUUCCUCAAGGGCCGUGAUAAGCUCGGUCUUGGCCCCUCCCGCAAGAUGCUCACUCUGCUCGAGGAUAUCGAGUAG